CGUCGCCAAGCGCUGUCCAAGCAAAUGGCCGGGACUGCGAAUCGGACGUGGGGACUUGGCGGGACCAGUCCAGUGCUUUUCUUGAUGGGCGGCAUGAAACCUGAAAAAAUGGAUUGCUGGCUGUGGACCACUCUCGUGUUUAUCGAUAUGUUGGGCUGGCUGUGCGCCCUCCUCGUCGGGCAGGCCAAUGCAGCAGAAAAAUGCAUGACGACAUGUCUGGGUGCUCCUAGUGUAUCAGAUGGGUAUCGGACCCAGCAAGGUGGGAACAGCGCGGAUGGCCCGUGGGCGCGUUGUGUGUGAGUGUGGCUGCACAAGACCCGG